AUGGCUUCUGACAAAGGUCCUUCAACUGCAGAUGCCACCUUGAGCAGAAGAAUUGAACCCUGGGAAUUCGAAGCCUUCUUUAACCCCGGAGAGCUCCGUAAGGAGGCCUGUCUCCUCUAUGAGAUCAAGUGGGGCAGGAGCCAUAAGACCUGGCGAUACUCAGGCAAAAACACCACCAAGCACGUUGAAAUCAAUUUUAUAGAAAAAUUUACUUCAGAAAGACAUUUUAGCCCACCCAUCAGCUGCUCCAUCACCUGGUUCUUGUCCUGGAGUCCCUGCUGGGAAUGCACCCAGGCUAUUAGAGAAUUUUUGAGUCAACACCCUACUGUGACUCUAGUUAUUUAUGUAGCAAGGCUUUUUCACCACAUGGAUCAACAAAACCGUCAAGGGCUCAGGGAUCUCAUUAACAGUGGCGUGACUAUCCAGAUUAUGAGACUCUCAGAGUAUGAGCACUGUUGGAGGAAUUUUGUCAACUACCCACCUGGGGAAGAAGGUCACUGGCCAAGAUACCCACUUCUGUGGAUGAAGCUGUAUGCACUGGAACUCCACUGCAUAAUUCUAAGCCUCCCUCCCUGUUUAACAAUUUCAAGAAGAUGUCAGAAUCAGCUUACAUUUUUCAGACUCACUCCUCAAAAUUGCCAUUACCAAAUGAUUCCGCCCCAUAUCCUUUUAGCUACAGAGUUGGUACAACACUCUGUGACUUGGAGAUGAAUAGAAUGAUUCCUCGUACAUACUAUUUCAAGAACAGGCAAUGAUGACCCACUAAAGAAUGAGCACCAUUAGAAUCCAAAAAUUUUCAGUUUGCGUUUUUAUACACUAACAACAAAUUACCUGAAAAAGAAAUAAAGAAAACAGUCUCAUUUACAAUAAACAUCAAAAACAACAAAAUACUUAGGCAUAAAUUUAACGAAGGAAGUGAAAGAUCUGUACACUGAAAACGAUAAGCCAUUGAUGAAAGAAAUUGAAGACACAAAUGAAUGGAAAGAUAUCCUGUGUUCAUAGGUUGGAAGAAUUAAUAUCAUUAAAAUGUUCACACUUCCCAAACCAUCUAUAGAUUCAAUGUAAUCCCUAUCAAGUUUCCAAUGGCAUUUUUUACAGAAAUAUGAAAAACAAUCCUAAAUUUUGUAUGGAACCACAAAAGAUCCAGAAAAGCAAAAGCAAUCCUGAGAAAGAAGAACAAAGCUGAAGGCAUCACACUUCCUGAUUUCAAACUAUAUUACAAAGCUAUAGUAAUCAAACCUGUAUAGUACUGGCAUAAAAAUAGACACAUAAACCAAUGGACUAGAACUGAGAUCCCAGAAAUAAACUCAUGCAUAUAUGGUCAACUAAUAUUUGGCAAGGAAGCCAAGAAUACUCAAUGGGGGGAAAACACUGUCUUCAAUAAAUGGUGCUGGGAAAACUGAUAUUCACAUGCAAAAGAAUGAAAAAGGACCCCUACG